GUGAAUUUGCUACUGGCAGCCUGCAGACGCAAGGCCUGAAGUUGUUAGCUAACGUUAGCCGGUUAGCCAAUAUAGCUAACGUUAGCUGGUUAGCCAAUAUAGCUAUCGUUAGCUACCUAGCUAACAUUAGCUUGAAAAGCAUAUCAUUAUUGCUGUCCGAUAGCUAGGUAGCUAAUGAUAGCUAAAUUGGCUAACAUUAGCUUGAAAAGCAUCUAACUAUUGCUGUCGUGUCCUAUUCGGGCUGUCACUUGAAAUAGGUUCCACAACCUUACCGACUAAACGCAACGAUUUACGACGGAGUUAAUGCAGCAACUAGUGUGGGUGGACUGUAACUCGGACGUCAAAUAAAAAUCCUUUUUUUUUUUUUUUUUAAAUUAUAAACAAAUAAAUACUUAUUUCAAUACAAAAAUAAUAUCCCGCAAUUACACAGAACAAUGUCGUGUCUACUUGCAGACUAUUCUCAAAUCAAUUGUAUUGGUUACAUACAGUACACGUAUUUAGCAGACGUUAUUCCGGGUGUAGCAAAAUGCUUAUAACGGUAAAUGCUUAUGGGUGGCAUCUAGGUAAUUCGCGUAGUUGGCAAGCUAGGACAACUAUCUUAAGCAUAUGUCAAUGGUAUUGUUUAAAAUUAGCUAAUGUUUCUUUCUAACUUUCAAUGUAUUUAACCAUCAUGCUGGUUAGCUAGUUUACCAAUGAGGUUAGCUAGGUAGCUAUCAAGCUGCCAAAGUUCCAGCAACUGAAGCUGGUUGGCAUUGUUAACUAGCCAGUGAUCUAACUAACAACGUUUACAGUUUAGCCAGCCAGAUCUACCCAUCAUUGAUUGUAAGAAAAUUGUUCUGUUGAAACGUUGUAUUGAGUCCACCAGAAAAGGCCAAGCUCACCCCCAGGCAGAGUUGCUGAGGAGGCACAGCGAAAGCCAAAAGUACGAAAGUCAAAAGUACAAUUUUUUUAUUUUUUAUUAUGCACUCACUACUGUAAGUCAGUCUGGAUAAGAGUAUUUGCUAAAUGACUAAAAUGUUUUUAAAAAGGUGGGUGUGUUUGUGGGACCUAGCUAGUGUGUGUUUGUAUGCUAGUGUUAUUGACUGAAUUGCACCCCCUUGCAUACUUUGAUGAUGAGGAAGUAUAUGGACAGUCUGUUGAUGAUGGCUACUACAUUUCCCCUGCUACAGGUCUGUCUGUCUCACUGGCCUAGUACACAGUACACACUGAACACUACCCAAUUACUUUAUAACUGUAAGCCAUGGUGUGAAAUGGAAUCCUAUGCCCUACAUAGUGCACUACUUUUGACCAGGCCCCUGAUCCAACUUAGGGCACAAUAAAAGUAAAGCACUUUAUAGGGAUUAGUAUUCACACUCUUUGCCUUUUUUACACGUUGCUACAGCCUGUUUUAAAAUGGAUUACAUUGAGAUAUUGUGUGGCCUACACACAACACACAAUACCCAAUAUCAAAUUUGAAUUCUGUUUUUAGACAUUUAAAAAAAUAUAUAAAAAAAGCUGAAAUGUCUUGAGUCUUAAGUAUUCAACCCCUUUGUUAUGACAAGCUUAAAUAAGUUAAAUAUUUGCUUAAAAAGUCACACAAAUUGCAUGACUACUAGUGAAGCACCGAUAUGACAUUUUUGGCAGAUUUACGAUAUUUUCAUUGCCCCAAAAAACGAUACCGAUAUUUAAAAUUUUAGCAGCCUUUUAAGCAUUCUAGUACAGUUAAAUAGUUAACACUCACACACACACACGGACGCAGCGGUCUAAGGCACUGCAUCUCAGUGUAAGAGGUGUCACUACAGUCCCUGGUUCGAAAUCCAGGCUGUAUCACAUCCGGAUGUAAUUGGGAGUCCCAUUGGGCGGCGCAUAAUUAGCCCAGCGUCGUCCGGGUUUGGGUUAAUGCGUCAUUUUAAAUAUGAAUUUGUUCUUAACUGACUUGCCUAGUUAAAUAAAAAACACAGCCAAAACAACACAGGAAUGGCUUCCGGACAAGUCUCUGAAUGUCCUCGAGUGGCUCAGCCAGAGCCCGGACUUGAUCCCGAUCGAACAUCUCUGGAGAGACCUGAAAAUAGCUGUGGAGCAAUGCUCACCAUCGAACCUGACAGAGCUUGAAAGGAUCUGCAGAGAAGAAUGGGAGAAACUCCCCAAAUACAGGCAAGCUGUUCUCUCGUCUGAACCAGAUGCGUGAGGUGCUGGGUGACACAGUGCCAGAGUCUGUCCUUACCCAGGUUGCCUUGCAGUGCGCCUUCGACCCCGAGAGAGCCCUGGAAACCAUCCUAUCAGACGAGAGCACCGGUGCCCCGCCCCGGUAUGCUAAGACCCAUCAGGACGCACCACUGCCCCAGGGAGCCAAUAAGGAAGGACCACUGCCCCAGGGAGCCAAUAAGGAAGGACCACUGCCCCAGGGAGCCAAUAAGGAAGGACCACUGCCCCAGGGAGUCAAUAAGGAGAUGGCAGCGGUACCAAGAUCCAAUCAGGAGGCAUCAGCCAUCCCACCACCAAAGAAAGGAGCCUGCCUAUCCAACUCUGACACUGUACUCACACCAGCUAUACGUCCAUCUGCCGAUCCCCUGAACCUUAGCUGUCAUGACACUCACAACCUCUCCACUUCGACUCUGAAUUUCGCGGCGGGUUCCGCAAGGCCCUCGGCGACUGUUGCCGAGGCGGGGAGCAGCAGCAGCCUGGCCCAGUUGAUGUCUGAGCAUGAUCAGAAGAGUCAGAGGGCGGGACUCCCCUCGCUGUCCUCAUCUCCACUGGCUGCUCUUUCUGGCCUCUCAUUGGGCACUCUAGCGUUGUUAAACUCCAACUCCGCCCCCAUGGCUACGAGUCCCCCCGGCCACCUUGCCUCCUCUUUGGGUAGCUUGUCCUUAGGCAACCCCAAACUGACAGCUCCGGGCGCCAAUAUGGCCUCUCCCUCUUUCGGUAGCCUGAGCUCCGUCCUCCAGAGCAGCCGACCAAUGGAGAUAGGGUCUGGGGGAGGGGCUAAGGGUGCGGAUCCAAAAGGAAGCCCGUCAUUGGCUGAGCUGAUCCAGGAACAUUCCAACAGCAGCCCCACCCUCUACAGAACACUCCCCGGUCUCCACGGGAACAGCUCAAUCCCCAUUGCCCAUUCCACAACUCAGACCCCCGCCGGACCAGCGCCAACUCUCACACGCUCCCUGUCCCAGCUCCAACAAUCUCCAGGACUUCUGAACACACACUGUUUCCCCCAGACCAAGAUCACGACAACACCAGAACCUCACGUCCUCUCUCUGUCUCUGAUGGCCUCUCGCCGUCAGCCAGUAAGCACGGUGCCAGCAGCGGACCCAGACCGACAGCAAGCUGAGGUAGAACCACCUCCAGUCCGACUGGGGAAGCUCUCUCAACUAGCCUCUCAGCACCACACCAGAAGAUCCUCCGACACCCCACCAUCACUCUCCCUCGCCGCACUCCUGUCACCGGGGAAAUCACAGCCAAGAAGUAUCCAAGAGGGUGGAGUCAGAGACAAACCCCGCCCCCUUUUGUCACACACUCCCCUGAGUCUCCACCCACCGCGGGGUGAUCAGAGUAUUGAUCUAAGCGUGCUCAUGGCCCAGUCGUCACACGGUGGAGCGUUGUUCGCGCGUCGCCACGACAAAGGCCUCUCCUCGCCGUCCGCGGUCGCCGUGCGGUCAGACCACCACCGCCAACGUUCCUCUGUGUUCGCUCGACCGUCCGUCUUCGCCCUGACCCUGUCGGUGCGUGCGCCCAGCCGAGGGAAGAGGAGGAGGAGGAUGAUGAUGAUGAAGGCUGUGGGAGAUCUGAGGUUAGAGGUCAGAGGAGGUGGUCACCCGGCGUUUCUGUACGGAACACAGACCCAGCUGGUCAAAGCUAAAGAACAGAUGCCCCUCUUACCCAUAACCCCUUUCACCUUCGACACGCCCUCCCCCGACGACGUCGUACGAGCCAAUCAGAAGAAGGCAUUCACCCGCGAGUAAAGGUCACUAAGGAAGUGGACUGUCUGUCGUUAGGCCGACGCCCCAAAUGGCAUCCUAUUUAGUGCAUUACUUUAGUCUCUGUUUUAAAAGUAGUGCACUGGACAGGGAAUAGGGUGCCAUUUGACACGUAACCAAGGUGCAUGGAUUGAAGAACAGCAACUGGGCGGUUGGAGGUUUUAUAAAAGAAAGAGACUUUUUGGUUUUUUUAAACGGCUGUUUUAAAGUAAUCUGAGAGUUGUAUGAACACAUUUAAAAGCAUUUUUUUUCCUACUGUAGGCUAGGUAAGAUUUUGCUCCCAUUUGAUUUGGGACUAUCCACAAAACUCUUUGUUGAUAAGCAAAAUGAUUAGAAUAAGGGUUAGGAUUAGAAUUAGGAUUAGGAUUAGAAUAAGGGUUAGGGUUAGAAUUAGGAUUAGGAUUAGGGUUAGAAUAAGGGUUAGGAUUAGAAUUAGGAUUAGGAUUAGAAUAAGGAUUAGGGUUAGAAUAAGGGUUAGGAUUAGAAUAAGGAUUAGGAUUAGAAUAAGGGUUAGGGUUAGAAUAAGGGUUAGGAUUAGAAUAAGGGUUAGGAUUAGAAUAAGGGUUAGGGUUAGAAUAAGGGUUAGGGUUAGAAUAAGGGUUAGGGUUAGAAUAAGGGUUAGGGUUAGAAUAAGGGUUAGGGUUAGAAUAAGGGUUAGGGUUAGAAUAAGGGUUAGGAUCAGAAUUAGGAUUAGUAUUAGAAUAAGGGUUAGGAUUAGAAUAAGGGUUAGGAUUAGAAUUAGGAUUAGGAUUAGAAUAAGGGUUAGGAUUAGAAUAAGGGUUAGGGUUAGAAUAAGGGUUAGGAUUAGAAUUAGGAUUAGGAUUAGAAUAAGGGUUAGGAUUAGAAUAAGGGUUAGGGUUAGAAUAAGGGUUAGGAUUAGAAUAAGGGUUAGGAUUAGAAUUAGGGUUAGAAUAAGGGUUAGGAUUAGAAUUAGGGUUAGAAUAAGGGUUAGGAUUAGAAUUAGGGUUAGAAUAAGGGUUAGGAUUAGAAUUAGGGUUAGAAUAAGGGUUAGGAUUAGAAUUAGGGUUAGAAUAAGGGUUAGGAUUAGAAUUAGGGUUAGAAUAAGGGUUAGGAUUAAGAUUAGUUGACAUGUGACUGAUCUGUGUCUGGUCUACAGACUAUCUAAAUGAAGUGUUACCAAGAGGUUCUGUACAUAUUAUACUUUUGAUUCGUCUGUUUUUUUGGCUGAUGACAUUUUAUUGGAUUUUGUAUGUUUCUGUAAUCUUUUUUUUUAAGGUGAAUCUCUUCUUUUCUUUUUUGUUGUUGCAGUGGCUCUUUUCUAGAAAGAUGAGAAGUCCCUUCAUUUUUAGAAAGAAAGACAGAGGCUUGUAUAUCUGCAGGUGUGCAGCUGCUAUUGGAAAUAUGGAUCAGUAAACCAUUGUUCUGGUUCACCACUGUGUGUGUGUGUGUGUGUGUGUGUGUGUGUGUGUGUGUGUGUGUGUGUGUGUGUGUGUGUGUGUGUGUGUGGAGGGGGGAGAUAUUUGAGUUUAGAGGACACCUGGAGUUUUUCCCACGUAUGAACACACACACACACACACACACACACACACACACACACACACACACACACACACACACACACACACACACACACACACACACACACAGUCACACACACACACACACACAUACACAGUCACACACACACAGUCACACACACAUGAAUAGCUUUAAUGGUUUGCUAAAUACCAGGUAUUUUAAGUUAAGAGAAUGAUCUUAAGUAUGACUUGAAAGCAUUAAUGAAAUAAAAACUGAAAUCUGAA